AUGACAUCGCAAGAUGAAAUCGAAGCUGAAAUCGCGCAACUCGAACGUCGCCUCCACGAGGCAAAAGCCCGCCUACGCGCUCUCAGCCCACCAUCGUCCAAGACCCCAAGCAGCAGCAUCCCGUCUCAUCCCCUCGUCCCCUCCGCACCAUCAUCAUCCUCCUCUUCCUCCUCAACAACAACGCACUUCCUCCUCCUCCUCUCCGACUCCGCCCUCCCCAUCGGCUCCUUCGCCUUCAGCAGCGGCCUCGAGUCCUUUGCCGCGCACAACAACAACAACACUGCCGGAGCCCGCAGCAGCGGCGGCGCCUCCUUCUCCUCCUUCCUGCCCCUCUCGCUCUCGUCCUACGCGUCCUCGACGCUGCCCUUUGUCCUCGCCGCGCAUCGCCGGCCGCAGGCUCUCGCGGAACUCGACGACCAGCUCGAUGCGGCCGUCGUCUGCACCGUCGGGCGCCGCGCGAGUGUCGCGCAGGGAAGGGCCCUGCUGAGCAUAUGGGAGCGUUCCAUUAAAGCGACUCUUCUCCCCUCCUCCUCCUCCUCCUCCUCCUCCUCCUCCUCCUCCUCCGGUCCCCCCACCGCCAGCAGCGGCAGCAGAAUCUCCUCCGAGGACGCCCUUGUGCUCAGCGACUUCUCCGCCCUCCUCCGCCGCGAAAGCAGCAAGUCCAGCGGCGGCGGCGGCGGCGACGGCGACGGCGAGCCCCCCCUCGUCUCGGCCCACCUCGGCCCCCUCUUCGGCGUCAUCGCCGCCGUCGUCGGCCUCUCGCUCCGGCAGACGGCCUACGUCUUCAUGCUGAGCCACGUCAAGGCGCUGGUCUCGGCCGCCGUCAGGGCCAACAUGUUCGGGCCCUACCAGGCGCAGAAGCUGCUCGCGAGCGAGCAUGUCCAGGCGCUCAUCAACGACGUCGUGGAGAGGGAGUGGCACACCCCUGUGGAGGAGGCUGGGCAGAGCGUGCCGGUCAUGGACUUGUGGGUUGGGCGGCAUGAGCUGCUUUACUCGAGGAUAUUCAACAGCUGA